CGCGCCGCGAGCUGGCUCGGGGCCGCAGCGGGAGCGGGCGGCGGAGCCGGGGCCGGGGCGCUGGACGGUGAGUACUGUGUAGUCUGCUCAUUGUCAAAGAUGGUGAAGCUGGAUAUUCACACGCUGGCUCAUCACCUCAAGCAGGAACGACUCUAUGUAAACUCAGAAAAGCAACUUAUUCAAAGGCUCAAUGCAGAUGUACUGAAGACAGCUGAAAAGCUAUACCGCACAGCAUGGAUUUCCAAGCAGCAAAGGAUUAACUUGGACAGGCUUAUCAUAACAAGUGCUGAAGCUUCUCCGGCUGAAUGCUGUCAGCAUGCUAAAAUCUUGGAGGAUACACAGUUUGUGGAUGGAUACAAGCAAUUGGGAUUUCAGGAAACUGCUUAUGGAGAAUUCCUGAACAGAUUGAGAGAGAACCCUAGGCUUAUUGCAUCCUGUCUGGUUGCUGGAGAGAAGCUGAACCAGGACAACACUCAGAGUGUCAUUCACACAGUCUUUACCUCCAUUUAUGGCAAUUGCAUCAUGCAGGAGGAUGAGAGCUACCUACUACAGGUACUUCGUUACUUGAUUGAAUUUGAACUCAAGGAAAGUGACAACCCUAGGCGGCUGUUGAGACGAGGCACCUGUGCAUUUAGUAUCUUAUUCAAACUCUUCUCUGAAGGACUCUUUUCUGCAAAACUCUUUCUUACUGCAACUUUACAUGAGCCAAUCAUGCAGCUUCUGGUUGAAGAUGAAGACCACCUGGAAACUGAUCCAAACAAAUUAAUUGAGAGAUUUUCUCCAGUACAACAGGAGAAGUUAUUUGGCGAGAAAGGUACAGAAAAAUUCAAGCAAAGAGUCCAAGAGAUGGUCGACUCCAAUGAGGCCAAGCUGGUGACCUUGGUGAACAAAUUUAUUGGCUAUCUCAAACAAAAUACGUACUGUUUUCCACACAGCUUGAGAUGGAUUGUGUCACAAAUGUACAAAACACUCUCAUGUGUAGACAGACUGGAGGUUGGGGAGGUCAGAGCAAUGUGCACAGAUCUUCUUCUAGCAUGUUUCAUCUGUCCUGCAAUUGUUAACCCUGAACAGUAUGGAAUAAUUUCUGAUGCUCCUAUAAACGAGGUGGCAAGAUUUAAUCUGAUGCAGGUUGGGAGACUUCUGCAGCAGCUGGCAAUGACAGGCUCUGAAGAGGGAGAUCCACGUAUGAAAAGUAACCUCGCUAAAUUUGACAAAAGCUGUGUUGCUGCUUUCCUGGAUGUAGUUAUUGAUGGACGUGCAGUUGAAACUCCUCCAAUGUCUUCAGUCAACCUUCUGGAGGGAUUGAGUAGAACAGUGGUAUACAUGACAUACAGCCAGCUAACUACUCUGGUUGGCUUUAUGAGGAACGUAAUGUCAAGUGACCAACUUAAGGAAGAUCGAAUGGCUCUGGAAAACCUAUUGGCAAACUUACCCCAGAACAAACCAGGGAAAAGCAGCAGCCUUGAAAUGACUCCUUAUAAUACCCCACAGCUUUCUCCUGCAACCACUCCAGCCAACAAAAAAAAUCGAUUACCUAUAGCAACUCGUAGCAGAAGUAGAUCAAAUAUUCAAAUGGAUCAGCAUGGAGACCAUGAAGGAUCCUCCCAGGAGACCAUCCCAGAAGUUCAGCCAGAAGAAGUGCUUGUGAUUUCUUUGGGGACAGGCCCACAGAUUACUCCAGGAAUGAUGUCAGAAAAUGAGGUCUUAAAUAUGCAGCUUACAGAUGGCGGACAAGGAGAUGUCCCUGUUGAUGAAAACAAACUCCAUGGUAAACCUGAUAAAACCUUGCGCUUUUCCCUCUGCAGUGAUAAUCUGGAAGGAAUAUCUGAAGGUCCUUCAAAUCGCUCCAAUUCUGUAUCAUCUUUGGAUUUAGAAGGGGAGUCUGUAUCAGAGCUUGGCGCAGGCCCUUCUGGGAGCAAUGGUGUUGAAGCUCUGCAGCUGUUAGAACAUGAACAAGCUACAACUCAGGAUAAUCUUGAUGACAAGCUUCGUAAAUUUGAAAUCCGUGAUAUGAUGGGGUUGACCGAUGACAGAGAUAUAUCAGAAACUGUGAGUGAAACAUGGAGUACCGAUGUCUUGGGUAGUGACUUUGAUCCAAACAUUGAUGAAGAUCGUUUGCAAGAAAUUGCAGGUGCUGCUGCAGAGAACAUGCUAGGCAGCUUGCUGUGUUUACCAGGUUCAGGAUCUGUGCUGCUUGAUCCCUGCACAGGUUCAACGAUAUCAGAAACAACAAGUGAGGCUUGGAGUGUGGAAGUAUUACCAAGUGAUUCAGAGGCCCCAGACUUAAAGCAGGAGGAAAGGCUACAAGAGCUGGAAAGCUGUUCUGGGCUGGGUAGCACAUCUGAUGACACAGAUGUAAGGGAGGUCAGUUCUCGCCCCAGUACACCAGGCCUCAGCGUUGUAUCAGGUAUUAGUGCAACAUCUGAAGACAUUCCUAAUAAGACUGAGGAUCUCAGAUCUGAAUGUAGCUCUGACUUUGGGGGAAAAGAUUCUGUGACAAGUCCUGACAUGGAUGAAACAGCCCAUGGAGCCAAUCAGCUGACAUCUCCCCCUUCUCAGACAGAUUCUUUGCUUGCAUUGUUUGACCCUUUGUCAUCAAAUGAGGGAGUAUCAGCUGUAGUGAGGCCUAAAGUACACUAUGCAAGACCAUCUCACCCUCCACCAGAUCCACCAAUCUUGGAAGGAGCUAUGGGAAGUAAUGAGGCCCGAUUACCAAACUUUGGGUCUCACACUUUAAUUUCAACAGAUUUAGAAGCAUUCAAGCAGAGACAUUCUUAUCCAGAAAGGCUAGUUCGCAGUAGGAGCUCAGAUAUAGUAUCAUCAGUUCGGAGACCUAUGAGUGAUCCUGGGUGGAACAGACGUCCUGGUAAUGAGGAGAGGGAUCUUCCUAUGUCAGCGACCCACACUGGGGCAGCUGUUCUGGUUGCUGCAUCUCAGUCAUCAUCUUCAUCUCCCAGUAAGGACUCCUUUAGAGGAGAGAUUGAAGAACGAAAAGAUAGUGAUGAUGAGAAAUCUGACAGAAACAAGCCCUGGUGGCGGAAACGUUUUGUGUCUGCCAUGCCCAAAGCUCCUAUUCCAUUUAGAAAAAAAGAAAAACAAGAAAAGGACAAAGAUGACAUGGUGCCUGACAGAUAUUCAACACUUCAAGAUGAUCCCAGUCCAAGGCUCAGCGCACAGGCACAGGCUGCAGAGGAUAUUCUGGACAAAUACAGGAAUGCAAUUAAGCGAACCAGUCCUAGUGAAGGAGCUAUAGUGAACUAUGAAAGUGCAGAGACUAUUGGGGAUGGUGAGAGUAUGCAUGACUCUCCCCGUGAUGAGACUUUGCAAAACAUGUCUGCAGAUGACCUCCCAGACUCUGCAAGUCAAGUAGCACAGCCACAAAGUUCUGCUUUCUCCUAUAGGGAUGCAAAGAAGAAACUGAGAUUGGCUCUUUGUUCAGCAGAUUCUGUUGCCUUCCCAAUGCUGACCCAUUCAACAAGGAAUGGUCUACCAGAUCACACAGACCCUGAAGAUAAUGAAAUUGUGUGCUUCUUGAAAGUUCAGCUAGCUGAAGCUAUUAACCUCCAGGACAAGAAUUUGAUGGCCCAACUGCAAGAGACAAUGCGAUGCGUAAGCCGCUUUGAUAACAGGACCUGUCGAAAGCUGCUGGCAUCUAUUGCAGAGGAUUACAGGAAAAGAGCUCCGUAUAUCGCUUACUUAACUCGAUGUCGCCAAGGCCUGCAAACAACACAAGCGCACUUGGAAAGACUGUUGCAAAGAGUUCUGCGAGAUAAAGAAGUGGCCAAUAGAUACUUCACUACAGUAUGUGUGAGGUUACUGCUAGAAAGCAAAGAAAAGAAAAUAAGGGAAUUUAUUCAAGAUUUCCAGAAACUCACAGCAGCAGAUGAUAAAACAGCCCAAGUUGAAGAUUUUCUUCAGUUCUUAUAUGGGGCUAUGGCUCAGGAUGCCAUAUGGCAAAAUGCCAGUGAAGAACAGCUUCAGGAUGCACAAUUAGCUAUAGAACGCAGUGUGAUGAACCGUAUUUUCAAACUUGCGUUCUAUCCUAAUCAGGAUGGAGACAUUUUGCGUGACCAGGUCCUUCAUGAGCACAUACAGAGGUUAUCUAAAGUAGUGACAGCAAACCACAAAGCACUUCAGAUACCUGAGGUAUAUCUCCGGGAGGCACCAUGGCCAUCUGCACAGUCUGAAAUCCGCACAAUAAGCGCUUACAAAACCCCCCGAGACAAAGUACAGUGUAUUCUGAGAAUGUGUUCAACCAUCAUGAACCUGCUUAGUCUGGCAAACGAAGAUUCAGUACCUGGGGCAGAUGAUUUUGUUCCUGUUCUGGUCUUUGUUCUCAUAAAGGCAAAUCCACCUUGCUUGCUGUCCACUGUUCAGUACAUUAGUAGUUUCUAUGCUAACUGUUUAUCUGGAGAAGAAUCAUACUGGUGGAUGCAGUUCACAGCAGCAGUUGAAUUCAUUAAAACUAUUGAUGAUCGCAAGUAACUGAAAACAGCACAUUUAUGGGCAGACUGUUAGCAGAAGAAGCAUCUGUAAGAAUGUACAACAGCUGCAAAAGCUGAAGACAAGACUUUCCUUGUAUAAUAUUGUACAGAACUGAGACAUUUUAAAACCCACCUUUACUAAUCAAAUUAAUUUAACAGAUUUUUUUCCUCUUUUGGUUGCAUUUUUUUCCCUAUAGAUACUGGCACUGCAAAAGGGACCACAAAUUUCAGGUAUUUUGGAAUCUCAAAACACGUUUAAAAAAAAAAAAAAAAGUCUUCACACUUUCCCCACCACCCCUCCUCUUGAAUUCUUGCUCACGUGAAUAAUUCACUUUGUUUUUUUCAGUUUUCAAUCAGAAACAAAAAUCAGGGCAACCACUCUAGUAUAUUUUCUAGCUUAAUACACCUUUUAUUAAUAAAACACCAGCCACACUGAAAGUUUGUAGUAGCUAACAUCAGUUAUCAAUUGUAUUUCACUUUAAGUUUAAAGUCUGAGAGGACAAUGUAAAUAUUAUAUAACUAUAUUUAAUGCAUUGCAAUUAUCUUUGAACUCAUUAUCCUUUGAAUAAACAAGCAAAAGCCUCUCUGACCUCUAACAGAUUGUCACAUAGUAUGUUUUGGUAAAUGGAAGGACUUCAAAAGGCUAAGGUUAAAAAGGGCAAACUGAACUAUUUAUUAAAAUGUAAUUAAGAUUACUGAAAUUUCUGAAACUGGAAUUUAUAAUAUACAGGGCUCAUUAGACAGCUAAACACUUUUUGGCUAGGGCAUUAGGGUGUUACAAGGGUUUGGAUUUAUAGAGGAGAGGGACUGUAAGUUACAGUAGAAAAGUCUAAUAUAAAAUACCUUACUGUAAUAUUUUUUCCGAAAUAUUGUGUAUACUGUACAAACCCCAAACAGAGAUCCUUAACAGAACCUUGGACUGUAAUAUAUAUUUUGAUUAGUGACAUUAAAUACAUAUGCCAGGGGUUUCAGUGAAUGUUUUUACUAAAUGUUCUUCGUGUUGUCUGCUAUGCAGCGGUGCAAAUUUUAUUGUUCAUAUAAAAUAUUUUAAAAUAUAACACUGUUCUUUAUGAAACAUAUCAUGACAUCAGUUCAGGGUGUUUUAUAAAUUUCUCACUCCACCUUUCCCUUAAACUGACAAUUCUGAAUUUAAAGAAGUUUUUUAUGCACAACACCAUGGAUUUUUUUGUGAAUGAAAUAAUCUGAGUGAUGGCCAGUU